UAAGCCCAUUCAAACGGCACUGUUGAGCUCACAGAACAUUUAGCUGAAUGGAUGCAAUGGGUGAUAGCGAAGGCCAUAGGAUUGUGAGCUCUACUGCGUUGUGGAGGGGUGACCGCCGGCCAGCCCAAAUUGUCCAGGUAUCGCAGUUGGAGCAGGACAUUGAACGAGCACCUCAACAGGGAGAAAGUGGGCCCGUAGCAUUUGAUACAGAUUAUAUUCGAUGGUUAGAAGAACACGACAAACACAUCAAUGAGUUAAGGAACGCUGUCAAAUCACAUGCACGUGAUCCUGAACUGCGAAGAAUUGCGGAUAAUGUCACUGCACAUUACGAUGAGGUCUUUAGGAUGAAAGGAAAUGCAGCCAAGGCGGACGUAGUCCAUGUCUUGUCAGGCAUGUGGAAAACCCCUGCUGAGCGUUGUUGUAUGUGGAUUGGUGGUUUCCGCCCCUCGUUACUGCUUAAGCUUCUAGUCAAUCAGUUAGAUCCUCUGAGUGAGCAACAAGUAGCUGACUUUAACAACUUGCAGCUGUCAUCCCAUCAUGCUGAAGUUGCUCUCUCACAAGGUAUGGAGGCGCUGCAGCUAUCAUUGGGGGAGACAUUAGCCAUGGGAUCUCCAUUUACUGAAUCAGGGAAUGUAGCUACUACUUAUAUGUGUCAAAUGGCAAUGGCUAUGGGGAAAUUAAUGACUCUUGAAGAUUUUCUCCGUCAGGCGGACAGCCUGCGUCAACUAGUAUUGCAACAAAUAUAUCGCAUACUGACAACCAGACAAUAUGCCCGUGCUCUUCUUGCAAUAAAUGAUUACUUCUCAAUUUUUCGGGUUCUCAGCUCUAUUUGGCUAGCCAGACCACGAGAGCAAUAAGCACAAAAACCAUUGCAGUAUUCUGCUGAAAUUCGGACACUACUUUGAUACACUGGCCAGUAUAUGAGAUGCAGCUAAGUUGCUAUAUUUUGAAGUGGUGGUACUGUAUGUGCCUUGUGGAAGUACAAAAUUUGUUUUUCAAAGUAUAGAGAAAUUUAGCAGGGGUGUUUGUCAUUUAGAUAGUUUUCCCAAAGUGGUGUAUAUUGUGCUUUUGUUCCACUUCUUUUUGUGUGGGUUGAAACAUUUAAUUUUGUUGAAUUAACCUUCUGUACUCUCUAAUAUAUCUUGUGAUAUUAUUUUCUGUACGAAUUGUAAGACCAAUUGCUUAAUUUUAUUUUUCAAAAAAAAGUUGAUGUA